AUGGCGGGUGUUUUGACAAUUCUAUUAGAGCAUCCUUCUCAUAUUCUCGCAAUUGCCUUGGGAACAGCCGUCCUCUGGCAACUGCUUCUAGCCGGAUACAACCUCUUCCUCCAUCCGCUCCGAAGGUUUCCCGGGCCCGUCCUCCAACGUGCUUCGCCUCUCAUCUGGGCCUGGCAACAUGCCACCGGCUACCAGGCCUUUCGCACCCAGCGCCUCCACGACCGAUAUGGCCCCGUGGUCCGAAUCAGCCCCAAUCACCUCUCCUUCACCGAUGUGAAGGCCUGGAAGGACAUUUACGGCUUCCAAAUCGGCAAAGAGCUCAGCGAGAACGAGAUUCCCAAGUCGCGACUGUUCACGACCACGAUCAGAACGGUGCCGACGAGCAUCGUCAAUGCCGAGCGAGAAGAACACCAGCGAUACCGGCGCGCGCUAUCCCACGGAUUCUCAGACAGCUCCAUGAGAGCGCAAGAGGGCAUCAUUGUUAAGUAUAUCGACAAGCUGAUUUCUUGCUUGCAUGAAAACUGCGACAGGAAAGAGGCGCCGAUCAAUAUCGAAGCUUGGUACAAUUGGACGACAUUCGAUAUCGCUGGCGACCUCAUCUUUGCGCAAUCCUUUGAAUGUCUGAAUCGCUCUGACUACCACCCAUGGAUCGCCUUCAUAUUCAAAACGAUUCGAUUCAAUGCCAUCUUGACAGCCAUGAAAUACAUUGGUCUCGAUCCCAUUGUUCAAGGCAUCUUCAAAAUCGGUGGCCUCGCUGCGAUGAAGCAAUUGCGCGAAAGCACUGAUGAAAUGAUGCAGUCACGCCUAGACAUGGACCCGGACCGAAAGGACCUGUUUGAGGGUCUCUUGAGAAAGAAGGAAGAAUGGAAUAUCUCAUUCGAGAAACUGUCAGCCAAUGGUCUCAUUCUGGUGCUUGCAGGCUCUGAAACGACGGCUACAACAUUAUCUGGCGCGACAUAUUUACUUUUGCGACAUCCAAAGGUCCUGCAGAAGCUCAACGAGGAGGUACGCUCGGCCUUUGGCAGUUCUAGUGAGAUUACUAUCAACUCGGUGAGCAAAUUGCCAUACAUGCUCGCUGUGCUAAACGAAGCAUUGCGCAUGUAUCCUCCGGUAGCCUCAAACCUCGUUCGGGAGGUUCCGGAAGGUGGGUACCAAAUUGGCUCGGAGCAUGUGCCGCAAGGAACCUUCGUCGAGGUUCAGCAGUGGUCGGCAAACCACAGUCCUGAUAACUGGACAAGACCAUGGGAAUUCAGACCGGAACGUUUCUUGGACGUGAACAAAGAGGAACAUAACCACUUGGACGCCCUGCAAGCGUUCAGCCUUGGCCCUCGCAACUGCAUAGGGAAGAAGUAUGAGUUUCCUCUUGCUAUUGAGGUAUUACUGCCACUGACACAUGGUUAA